UUCAUUCCUGUCUCUUCUAGUCAUGUUACCUGUCUACAAAAAGAGAAGAGCCAUUGUAAAUUUGAACGUCACUAAAUGAACUGUUCUAAUCGAGGACUGUAUGUUCCUGUCAAGACCAAACUGUGACUAAUAAGUGGGCUCUCGAACUGAGGCAUGAAUCAUAAAAAAGUGGGAGGGAAAAAGAAUAGAUAGAUGGCAAGGUUUGGAACUAGCUGCCAAACCUAUUUUUGGUGUGGAAAUUCCACAAUAUAGGUUGACAGAAGGCUUUCCUUAGACAAAGCACUCUGCAUAUGCUCAAGAAUCGCACAUAAACGCUUCCAGCCUUAGCAUUAGAACAACCCCGUUGAACGGCGUGGCGUUUACUGUACUUCCUCGUUACCAUUCGGGGAAUUGCGAAAGGCGGGGAGUUCCGCAUGUGCCGUUGCCCGAGCAACCGAAGCAAGACGCUCACCACCAAAGAACAUCCCUACUCCCUCCGCGUCCUACGAGCAUUCGUCAAUCUACGUCACGGGCCGCCAUGGUAACGACUUGGACGCAGCCUCCAACGGAGAGGGACAGCUUACGUUAACAGAGCCUCUGAAUUUCCCGUGACCCUUCUAGCCGCAGGUCCAUUUACUCUCUAUGAUAAAGCUCGUUCUUUUCAUCGCUUCGGCCUUUUCCUCCUCCGGAGUUGAUGACGAAGACGGAAAUGAAAACAGGAAAACAAUUGGCACAGACGACAAAAAACAACAACACACACACACACACACACACAGAAACCCGGAAGCGGAAAUAGUGGAAGAAAGCCAGGGAGAGUGAGAGAGGGGAGACAGACAAACCCUUUCUCUUGGAAGGAACCCAAGGCCGGGAUGCCAUGAAAGCUGGCUCGGUAACCUGGGGCCAUUGAUGCUCUCUCUCAGCCCAACCUACCUCAUAGGAUUGUUGUGGGGAAAAAUAGCAGGAAGCAGUUUUAGGUGCUCUGUGUAAAAAUGAUUUCAAGCUUGGGAAAUACUAUAGUAAGAACUGUACUGCAUAUGUUCAUGAGGUCACAAAACCACUGAUACUAAUAGCAACUUAAUCCUGGCACUGGAUGUAUUGUUACCUAGUCCCACCUGGGUGAUCAUGAACGGAAGCGCAGUGCCAUUGUCACCAGUUGGUGGAGGGAUGGUGGGAGAACCUGCCUCUCUCCCCUCCUUUGGUUGGCGGGAAUUCUGCGAAGUCCAUGCUCGUGCUGCUGCAGUUGAUUUUGCCCGUCGUUUCCGGACCUUCCUUGGUGAGAACCCCCAGUUUGCCACCCCAGGAGCCGAAGCUGCUUUCUCACACCGCUUUGCAGAGCACUUCCUAGAACAUUUUGAGGCUGAGGUGAGCCGGGCUUACACCAGUGACUCGCCACCCCGCUGUGACAUUGCUCCUUUCACUGGUUGUUCUUCUGCACGGGACCUCUCUGAGACCUGCAGUGACUCCUCGGUGGCUUCCCCUGUUGAACCUCCAUUGGGCCCACCCUCUGGCCUCUCUAGCAGCCAGUCCCGCAGCUCGGAAGAUGUUUCUGCUGUGGCAACCAUUACUGCUACGAAGCCAAAGCUGAAGAAGCGCUUUUCUUUGCGCAGUGUUAGCCGCAGUGUCCGAGGUAGCGUACGUGGCAUUCUUCAGUGGAAGACCUCGGCUGAAUCAUCCUCUGGUGGCAGAGAUGGGACACCCACUGGAGCCAACAGUAAUUCUAAUUCUUCAGGUGGUGGUGACUCAGACCGUUGGACUCACCGAUUUGAACGUCUUCGGCUCAAUAAAGCCUCUCCAACCACUCUCAGAGUCGAACUGGCUAGUGUGCGCCGGGAAGGCCUACUGAACUACAUUGUGGCUGAUGAUGGGUCAGGCGGGGGCAGUAGGACACGCUGGCAGAAAUGCCGUCUUCUCCUGCGCAAAGCAGGGAAGGGAGAAGGGGAGGGUUACCUGUUGGAGUUCUACAUACCACCAAAGGCAACAAAGCCACGGGUCAGCAUUGCUUGUUCCUGUGUAAUGGAUGUGCGGACAACAACUCCACUGGAGAUGCCAGACAAAGAGAACACUUUUGUGCUGAAGCUGUCAAGUUCCUUGGAGUACAUCCUUGAGACUGUUGACUCACUGCAGAUGCGAUCAUGGUUGGCUGACAUUCAGGAAUGCAUGGGCCUGGGAGAAAGUACUGAUAGCCUGGAGCAGCCAUGCAUGAACCACUCAGAUAGCAUGCCCAGCCGGGAACUUCCCCUGGUGCCAAGUGAGAGCAAUGAACAGCUCAGCCAAGGUGCCUACGGUGGACUAAUGGAACGCCCCUCAGCCUCUAUGUCUCCCAGCUCAGUCUCUAUUGCUGCCUCACACUUUGACUCAAUGGAGCUGCCUCCUCCUCCUCAGUUGCUGCCUCGGGUGCCAGUCAAUGAAGGACAAUUUUCCACUGGCUUCCUCCAUACAACUUUCCCCGAAACCCCUGAAACCACAGGUUCCUUCCUCUUCCAAGGUGAACCCGACCCAGGUGGAGGUAGUCUUGGUGACACUGAACACCCACUCUCUGAAUAUCCAUGGUUCCAUGGCACCCUGUCACGUCUCAAGGCCGCCCAGCUGGUGUUGGCAGGAGGAGCAAACAGCCAUGGCGUCUUCUUAGUGCGUCAAAGUGAGACACGGCGGGGUGAAUACGUCCUGACCUUCAAUUUUCAAGGGAAAGCCAAGCAUCUGCGCCUCUCCCUGAAUGAAGAAGGGCAGUGCCGUGUUCAGCAUCUCUGGUUCCAGACUAUUUUUGACAUGCUGGAGCAUUUCCGGGUCCACCCCAUCCCCCUCGAAUCAGGGGGCUCCAGUGAUGUGACGCUUGUCAGCUACGUGGUUGCUUCACAAAGGCUGCAUGGCCGGGACCGGGCUGGGAGCCGAGCGCCAGUGUCUGGGUUCAGUGGGGACCCCGACUCGCCCCCCAACCUCAUCUCCAUCCUUGCUGCUGCCUCCGCGGGUGACUGCGUAGCCGAGCAUCUCUCGUAACCUGCCACUGCCACCUCCUCUCCCUCCAGCCCGGCCACCUCAUGCUCCUCUGGACCAUGGAUUGCCGGAAUCUAAAGGGCAG